GAGAGUGUGUGUGGUGUAGUGGGUAGUUAAUGUGAAAACAAAAGGCUAUUGGUCAGCUGUUGAAAAAGUUAGUGGCCAGAGCCCUCCCUGCUGAAUAUAAAGCAACUUUGAGGGGGCAGACUCAUCAACAGACAAUUCAGUCCAGACUGAGCACCCCUUACCAAAUUACUCAUUCCUGCCUUGUUUGCAUUUCACUUUAACAGAACGUGGGAAAAUGGGUAAUAUGGCAACAGAGAUCAUUGCCUUCCUUCUCACUAUAUCCGGAUGGAUUCUGAUCUCCUCCACGCUCCCGACUGACUACUGGAAAGUGUCAUCAGUGGACGGGACAGUCAUCACCACGGCAACCUUUUGGUCCAAUCUCUGGAAGACAUGCGUUACGGAUUCAACCGGAGUCUCCAACUGCAAGGACUUUCCUUCUAUGCUUGCACUGGAUGCUUAUAUCCAGGUGUGUCGUGGACUGAUGAUCUCAGCUGUGUGUUUGGGAUUUUUUGGAGCUACCCUGGCACUAGUGGGCAUGAAGUGCACUAAAAUAGGGGGAUCAGAGACCACCAAGGCCAGGAUCACCUGUCUGUGUGGACUACACUUCAUUCUCAGUGGAAUCUGCUCUAUGACCGCCUGCUCUCUCUAUGCACACCGGAUAACGUCAGAGUUCUUCGACCCCUUAUUCGUGAAACAGAAAUUUGAGCUUGGUGCUGCCCUGUUCAUUGGCUGGGCAGGAUCUGUUCUCAGCAUUCUUGGAGGAUUUAUCUUUUGCUUUUCCAUGACAGAAGGAUUCAGCAUCAGAGAGUACUCCUACAACGGUGCCACGUCCGUCAUAUCAACACGAACAAAGAUCACAAAGAUGGGCAGAAACCCCGAGACUCCUCAGAAAGACCUUCCAGACCAGAGCUUCUCUGGCAGGCAGUUUGGGAGAAAUGCAUAUGUUUGACUUCAGCUUUCUCUGUAAAACUGAAAAUGAUAACAAGUGAAGGCCAACAAGCAUACACUGUAUAAAGUCAACUAUCAAACAAAUCCUUGAAUGGAGAACAUGAGAUCACGCUGCUUUCAUCAUUUGAGGCAUUGAGAAGACUGCACAGAGGUAAAUGUUAUAUAUAAUGAAUAUAUAUCUUAUCUGAAUAAAUCAGACAUUUCUCUUUUUCAGAGGUUAUUUUGAUGAGGUAUGCCUAUAAACAAUAUAUUGCAGCAUAGACAUUUUUUGUCAGAAAAACACAUAUUGCCUAAGAAACCUCAAGCAAGCUUUCCAGGUCUGCCAGUGUGAUAGAAUUGCCAGAUUUCUUCACUUGGGACUUUGAAUAAAGUCAGGUGAACUGAUGACAGAGAAGACAGGGAGAACAGCUGCGCUCCACUGACCACAGGAACAAGCUGUCUCGAUUCGGAAAUUGAGUCGGAGCUCACAUAUUGCUCUGGUCCUGGAGUCUCUCUUCACCUCCUGAUCAGUGGAAACUCUAGACUCUGACCCCGGUUUUUAGCGCUUCCGUGGGCCGCUGCAGGCUGGCAGAGGCUUCUUGUUCUGUCAGAUUCUUCCUUAAACAAGUGUUCAGUGUCUCUGUGCUUUUUCUAAGAAGGUUUUAAAGUAUUUUAUGACAUAAUAAAGU